GACCACGUAUCCAUCACAAUGAACCGCCGAGCAUUAGCGCGGAAGGCUGCGGGUGCCAAGGUGACGGCGCCGAGUAGCGCUAGAACCGAGAAUGCGGGCGUAGAUAAUGUGACGAAGAAGCUGGAGUUGCAGCUGGAGGCGGGCGAUUUCUACGGCGCGUUGCAGAUGUACAAGACGCUGUUCAUGCGCCUUCUCAAGGGGGACGAGCCUAGUGCCGAGCAACAGAACAAGGCGGUGGUGCUGGCCCAGGAGGCAGCGCUCAAGCUCAUAGAGCACGACCAGAACACAGCAGCGACUGAGAUGGCCAACCUCAUGGUCUCCGUCUUCUCGGACUUUCACCAUGCAGUGGACGACGCACACAAGCAGCGGAUCCGCCAGAUCGACGCCGCCUUCCAGUCCAAGCCACAGUUCAGCGCCGAUGUGGCUGUGUUCCUCAAGAAUACGGUCAAAUGGUCGGCAGAAGAGGGCGCACGCAAACGUGGAGACCCAGAGCUGCAGCUGCUACUGGCACGCGCGUAUCGCACUGCUGGGGACUUCACGCACGCUCUGAAGCACUUUUUGCAUGCCGAGAACCCGCAGGAACUGGCAGACACGCUGUUCCAGUGGUCGACCCAGGGAUAUCCCAGUGAAUCCGACUUGUACCUCGCUCGCGCUGUGCUGCAACUGCUGAGUCUGGAGAACCUGCGCGACGCUAAUAAAGUGUACGAGGCAUACGUGGCCAAGUGUCAGAGCGUUGGGCGUCCAGUGGACCUACCGCUGUUUAACUUUACGCGAUUCCUGCUCCUGACGCUGGAGCGUGAUGCGCUCCCCCUUUUUCAAAUGCUCCAAGAGCGUUAUGCGCCCGCGCUUGCUCGUGACAGCAGUCUCAAGAACUAUUUAAGCGUCAUCGGUCAGAAGUUCUACGGCCUGCAGCCUCCACGAUCGGGCCUCAGCUCUCUGCUAGAGAUGUUUUCGGGUGGCAUGUGACAGUCGUAGAAUGAUUCACUCGAAAGAAAAGGAGACGGAUGGUAUUCACCACUUCCAAGUUUACGAUGAGUUGAACGUUUUAUCACAGAGAAUAAAGAGCGAAGCAAAGUUU